AUGCCAACCUACGACGACAAGAACAAGUUGAUCAAACACAUGGGCCAGGCCUUCCAGAUGUACUACAAGAAGUAUGAGUCAUACUUUAUUGAAUGUGUAAACGAUAUUCAGUCAUUGGUGCUACUUGAUGGUAUCACUCAUUGCUUCAAGAAUAAUGAGAAUGCCUUGGAUACUCUUGGACCACUUCUGUGUCAUAUUGGACAGUUGGACAUUGGUGUACACUCAAUUUUGUAUCUAAUGACAAGCCCUGCUACCGAACUCUUGGCCGAUCCUCAUCGAUCAUAUGGAAUGAUAAUCGAAGGUUUGAUUGGUAUUUAUGGCCUAGACACCACUCAUCACAACUACUUUGAAGCUGCCAUGAUACUCAUGGUGGCCAACACACUCGGACCUCAGGUCCUUGGAUUGGAACAACGCUACCCAUCAGAGAUCAAACGAUUCUUCAACGAUUACUUUAGCUUCAUCAUUGACAUGGUGCUUGAUGGCAACAUUCAAUUCAUAUUCACGUGUUGGAGGGAGGGAUUGAUCGAUGUUCCCAGGCACAUUGGCAUGCUACUUCGCCAUGUGAUCCCAGUUACAUUAACCAUUGAACCGGGAUUGAACACAUUCAUCUCGGGCUGUCCUGACCCCACCGGGACAUGGAUCAUCUAUAUCGACAUCAUGAUGGAACUGAGGUGUCUCUGGCCAUCACCAACUUCAUUCACACAUGAUCUACUCAAGAAACUUGGAAGAUUCAAAGCGAACCACCGCCUGGCCAUUCAUAUAGUCGAUGCAUACUUCAAUGCCACGGACAGACUCAGAUUGAAUGUUCACGAACAUUGUAAAUUUGAGAAGUCCCUUUAUAGUGGACUCAAGCCUUUAAACAGGAGUCCAUUCACAUCAUCGUCCAAACAAUCAAUCAGUCAAUCACUUCCUCGGCUUCCACUGCUCACACUCAAACAAAUUGUCACACUACUUGUGCUCGAUGACACUAUGACCCCAAGAUGGAAAGUGAUGUUGGCUGGUGUUUCCAAGCUAUUCCAUCAAACUGUGGCCAAGGUAAUGUCGAGUCACCCUAUCCCAUCAAUACACAUCUCGUCAAUGAUCAAUCAUAUUGGCUCACAGUUCUGCUUGUUUCUCGAUACCCCGCUACACCUCACACUGAGCGAGCUGAGCAUGAUCCCACACGAGCACCUCAAUCACUGUAUCAAUCGAAUCGAGUCGAUCAUACUACCAUACAUCAAGACAAACACUGGAUUGUGGAGCAUAAGUGUAUUGGGACCAAAUCUCAACAUGUCUCUCUGA